AUGAAACUCCUCGUAUCAUCAUUUUGGUUCUUCUUGUGCGAUCUUUUCUACGUUGAAGCAGAAGUGGGCGAAAAUGGCCAUUUCCGAGGGCUCGGUCCUGUGAACGGUGAUCCUAACGACAGACUCUAUUAUAGGCAGAAGGAUUAUCUUGAGGCCAUCUCUAUACCGGAGGCUUGGAGUAUCCUGGACUCUACUCCCAAGAGAACACCUGUGACCAUCGCAGUUAUAGACGACGGAAUCGAGGCCGCUCACCCUGACUUGAAGGGUACCGUCAUCAAGGGCUACAACGUCGUUGAUAAGAAUGAUGAUACCAGUCCUCGAGGACGGCAUGGCACUUGCAUGGCUGGCAUCGUUGGUGCUAUCAGAAAUAACAAGAUCGGCAUGGCGGGUAUCCUGGACAGUGUGCGUAUACUGCCCAUAUUCGACGGUGAAGUUCUGAGCUACUCUGCAAUCGAGGAUGCUUUCACCUAUCUGAUCAAUAAGAGGAGAGAUGAUGUGAAAGUUAUUCUCAUGACGGAGGUAUCCGGAUCAA